UUAGGAUAAAUACUAGCUUUAUUUGUGGUGCAGAAUAACAACGUCUGCCAACUUGAGUUGAACUUGAAAGCAAUCAUGGGUUCCUUCAAAAUAAUCUCCAUAUUCGUUCUUGUCGUCCUACUUGUCCCAUCUUUUCACCCCAGAUGUGGAGCUUCAGCUUCUGCUGAAGAGGCUGCUGCUCUUUUGAAAUGGAAAGCCAGUUUUUUGAGCCAGAACAAUAGCUAUCUAACCUCAUGGAACCUUCAAUCAGGCGAUGCCAAGAAUUCUUCUACACUUCCUUGCACUUGGGCUGGUAUUUCCUGCAUUGAUGGAAGUGUCAACAGGUUGAACCUCUCAGAUUGGAGUAUUAAAGGUAGCCUCUAUGAUUUCCCGUUCUCAUCCCUCCCAAAUCUUGAAGAUCUUGAUCUCAGCUUUAACCAGAUCUUUGGCCGUAUACCAAAACAAAUAGGUAACAUGUCGAAACUCAUUUCUCUUGAUUUCGGGGCUAAUGAGCUGUCAGGCAAAAUCCCGCCUGAAAUUUGCAACUUGAGAAACUUGAAUCAUUUAGGUUUUCCAAGUAAUCAACUUUCAGGUCCCAUUCCUCCGGUGAUAGGGAAUUUGAGCUCACUUCAGUUUCUUUACUUAUAUCAAAAUAAUCUCAUUGGUGCAAUCCCAAAGUCACUAGGUAAUUUGACCAAAUUGAUUGAACUGGAACUCACCGGUAAUCAGUUCUCCGGUCCAUUGCCAGAACUAUUAUGUCAAAGUGGAGUUCUCCAAAACAUUACUGUAGGUGAGAACAUGCUUACUGGUCCAAUCCCUAAAAGCUUGCAAAACUGCUCAAGCUUAUUUAGGGCCCGUUUCAACGGUAACCAUUUCCAAGGAAACUUAUCAGAAAUGUUUGGAAUCUAUCCAGUCAUGGAUUUCAUUGAUCUCAGCAAUAACAAAUUCUAUGGGAAACUCUCCAGCAACUGGGGUAAAUGCAAAAUGCUGAAAACCCUUAUAGUUGCAAAGAACAACAUCACGGGUGGUAUACCUCCAGAAAUUGGAAAUUUGACUCAACUACACAAACUUGAUCUUUCUUCGAAUUAUUUAUCAGGGGAGAUACCGAGGGAAGUUGGGAAGUUAGCUUCCAUGAUUAAACUAGAUUUGCAUGACAACCAGCUUACUGGUGGUAUACCUCAAGACUUGGGAGUGUUAAUGGAAUUUCUAGACCUGUCCACAAACUCCUUGAAUGGAACUUUACCAGAACUUCUCGGAGAUUUGAAACACUUGUUUCACAUGAACUUGAGCAAUAAUGUUUUAAGUCAAAAGAUUCCAUUGCAGAUUGGGAAGUUAACCCAACUUUCUGAACUGGAUUUGAGUCAAAAUUUCUUCACAGGAGAGAUACCAUCUGAGUUUCAAAAUUUGCAGAGUUUGGGGACAUUGGAUCUCUCCCAGAACAACCUCUCUGGUUUGAUCCCAAAGGCUUUGGCAGAAUUGCCUGGUUUAUUGCACAUUAAUCUUUCUUUUAAUAAUUUGGAGGGCCCAAUUCCGAGUGGUAGAGCUUUUGUGAAUCUAACCUUCGACGAAGUAAAGGGAAAUAAAGGUUUGUGUGGCAAUAUUACAGCGUUACGAGCCUGUGAAAGUUCCUGGUUGAUUAAAAAGCAUGUCAACGAUAAAAGCAAGGAACUUGUUCUCAUAAUUGUAUUACCUCUUCUGGGAUCGUGCAUACUUCUUGGUGCAUUGUUCGGUGUUCUCAGAUUGCGUGAUCGGAGAAAACAAAAUUCGAGAGCGGGAGAUACGGAGGUGAAUAAGGGCGGUUUAUUUGCCAUAUGUGCUUAUGAUGGCAAAGCAUUGUAUAAAGAAAUCGUGAGGUCUACAGAAGAGUUCAGUGAAACAUUUUGCAUUGGGAAAGGAGGUUGUGGAAGUGUUUACAAAGCACUGCUUCCAGCAGGCGAGGUAGUAGCUGUAAAGAGACUUCACAACGUACCUAAUGUGGUAAAGGAUAAAAGUUUCUUGAAUGAGAUCAGGGCCUUGACAGAAAUCAAGCAUCGGAACAUUGUGAAACUCUUUGGCUUCUGCUCAAAUGCUCAGCAUUCAAUUUUGGUUUAUGAGUACCUCGAAAGGGGAAGCUUGGCCAAAAUCUUGAGCACAGAAGAAGCAGCUAAGGAACUAGACUGGCAAAAGAGGUUGAAUAUCAUCAAAGGCAUCGCUCAUGCUUUGUCUUACAUGCAUCAUGAUUGUUCACCACCAAUUGUACACCGAGACAUAUCAAGCAACAACAUUUUGCUUGAUCCAGAAUGCGAGGCUCAUGUUUCAGAUUUUGGCACUUCCAAGUUUCUCAGAAGAGACUCAUCUAACUGGAGUUCUCUUGCAGGCACAUAUGGAUAUGUUGCACCAGAAUUUGCCUACACGAUGAAAGUUAACGAAAAGGGUGAUGUUUAUAGCUUUGGGGUCCUGACAAUGGAAGUAAUCAAAGGAAAGCAUCCUGGUGACUUGAUUGCUAGUCUAUCGUCUUCAAAGCAUGAAGAGAUAGAGCUAAAAGACUUGUUAGACCAAAGACUUCUGUAUCCCAAUCAAGAAAUUGAAAAGAAUCUGAUAUCCAUUCUCAAACUAGCAAGAGAAUGUCUACAUGUUGAUCCUCAAUGUAGGCCAACAAUGCUCAUUAUUUCCAGGUUGAUAACUACAUGUUGAUCCUCAAUGUAUCUUGCCUCCUAUUAAAUGCAGACUGCAGUGCCUCAUUUCCCUCCCCCUUACGUAGCACUAUCAUGCAUCAGCAGAAAAUGAUAUGAUGCAGGGUAUGUAUUGUGUGUAAAAAUAAACUCUCCCUAGCCAAUAGAGUUUGUGGAAUUGAUACAAAAACUAGCAUAGGGAGGAAAUUGAGAGUUUGGUAAUGUAUGGUAAUCUUAUCCUGAA